AUGAAUCAACAUCUACAUUCGCCGCACAAACUUACCGAAUUCGCUCGUGAUUUCGAAGAAGAACCCGAAACACUUUUAUCGAAAUUUGUUAGUAAAAUUCAAAAUGCCUACAAUGCAAGUUAUAAUACCGUUAAUGAUGCUCCAACUGGCGGUAGCCCAAGUGGACCAUCAACACCAACUACUGCUUCCAAAUCAACAUCACACAGUACAUUUUAUGCUGAUGUUGAAAGUAUCUCAAGAAAUAGCUCAUCGUCUAGUUUAAGUUCAGCUAAUAAAGCUGGAAAUUCACAAUCAAAUCAAGAUGGUUCUAGCUCAACUACAACAACUGAAGAAACAACAAGUGAAUCUGUUGAAAAGGCUGAUGAAACUCAUCCAGAAGCAACCGAAGGCAGAACAAUGCUCAAUGUUCUCAAAAGAAUUAGUAAUAUUGUCGCCGCUAAAAAUAGCAAUCUCCGCAACUACAAAGACACCGAAUUGCAACGCUUCUGGAUGCCAGAUGCAAUAGCUAAAGAAUGCUAUGAUUGCUCACAAAAAUUCUCGGCAUUCCGACGAAAGCAUCAUUGUCGACUUUGUGGACAGAUCUUUUGCUCCAAGUGUUGUAAUCAAGUUGUCCCUGGAACCAUCAUUAUGUGCUCUGGUGACUUAAAGGUCUGCAACUAUUGCUCCAAAAUAGUCUUGAGUUACUUGAAAUCUCCAAACAUAACCGAUGAUCUUAAACUAGACCUUCAAGCCCUUCAGGAAGAUCUCUCAAGUAAACUCUCACAAAAUAAUGAAUCCGAUGAGAAUCUUAAACCGCGUUCAACUCUGCCUCGAAAAGUCUCUGUUGGUUACCAAGAGGAACGUUUUGCCACAAAUCAAAUAAACAGUCUAUCAAAUGCCGAUCGAAGAAAUAUCCUUCAACAAUCGAAUUCGCUCAUAAUCCUGCAUGAAGAAAUGAUUCGUCAAUUGCCAGCUCAAAAUUGUGGCUUGGAUCUUAUUGACUUUCUCAAUACCAACCAGAAAUCUUCAAAUAAAAUCCAAGCUGUUGCUAUUCUUAGUGCAAUGCAUGCUGCGGGAUUUCUUUUACCCAUCGUUCCAGACUCUGAUCAAAUAGAAUUUGAUGAGAAUUUGCAUUACAAGUUCGCGCCAAAGCGUCCUGAUGUAAUGACAACGGGAAUCCUAGAAAUCGAUGUUGAUCCCGAGAGCAAUGUUCCAAAUCAAAAUGAAUACAGUCCUAAUAAGUAUGAUAAUGAAUUGCAACCACCAAAAUCACUUGACAUGAGUCUAAGUUUCCAAUCGGUCAAAGAUGUGGAACUUGAGAACUCAAUACGUUCCACUACAACAACAUCCAAGUUAUUAGAAUCAUAUUGUGAUCAUGAGGAUCAAUUACUCACACAAAUGUUACGUAGCGCUAAUCUCGAUCAGAAAUGGUCUAAAGUUCUAACUCCACUGUGCUGUCGAGCAGCCAAUCAUUUCAAACCAGAAUAUUGCACAAAUGAAUUGAUGGAUAUUAGAAAUUAUGUUAAUUUCAAGAAAGUUCCCGGUGGAAAGAGACAAGAAUGUACAAUAGUCGGUGGAGUUGUGUUCUCUAAAAAUGUUGCUCACAAAGAUAUGGCAACAAGAGUUGAUAGACCGAAAAUUCUUCUACUCCAAUGUCCCAUUGUUUAUGAGCGAGUUGAAGGGAAAUUUGUUAGCAUAUCUACAGUUUUACUACAAGAAAAGGAAUAUCUACGUAAUGUGACAGCAAGGAUAAUGAAUUUCAAACCAAAUGUUGUACUAGUUCAUAAGAAUGUAGCCGGCAUUGCUCAAGAUAUGCUUCGCUCGCAUGGAAUCACGCUCGUAUUGGAUGUGAAGAUAUCAGUAAUGGAACGAUUGUCAAAAGCUUUGCAAUGUGAUAUUGUUUCUUCGAUUGAAUCGAAUAUUGGAAAGCCUAAGCUGGGAAUGUGUGAUGCUUUUUAUAUUAAAAACUUUGAUGAUGGUUUUGGCACAACAAAAACAUUAAUGUAUUUUGAGAAACUCUCAAGUCCUCGUGGCUAUACAUGCUUGUUGAGAGGAGGAAAUAAUACAGAACUAGCUAAAGUUAAACAAGUGGCUUCUUUUCUUGUUUAUGCGAGAUACAAUUGGCGCCUUGAGAUGUCAUUUUUACUUGAUGAAUUUGCUCGACCUCUCAGCCCAAAGCCACUUAUCUUCGAUUCCAAAGAACAAAGUCCAUCCGAUGAUGUUGUCGAAUCCGGCGGCGGCGGCGGGGUUUUACUUCGAAAUGAUAACAACAAUGAUGCUGACGUCAUUGACAAACCCAUACAACCAACAACAAAAAAACUUAUCGAACGAAAAUCCGAAGAUAAACUUGUCACAAUCGAAAAUGUUAAUGAUUUCACUGAUCCUCUUCGCUCAACGGAUCUUCAAAAUAACAAACUCUCUCCAGAUUCAUCAAUUGUCGAGUUGGCCGUUGAAACGCCCUACGAUAAUCGUUUCCGAACUGCAUUGAAUUCAACGAUACUAUCUGUAUCGCCAUUUUUAACAUUUCCAUUGCCCUAUUUGGAAACGGAGCAGGGGAGAAAAUGCCCGCUUCGUGCACAUUUCCCUAAAGAAUUAUUUUUCUCUAAACAAUGGUCAACAACGUCGAAUGAAAAACCAUCACAAAUUGAAAAUGAAACACAAAAAUCCAUCGAGGGUUCAACACAACUCAAUCCACUGCAUCCAUUUUUGACGACGAAAAUAACAACUCCCAUUGAUAAUCGAGAAUUGCAAACUUUAUUGGCUGAAUUUCGAUCUUUCGGUGGAAAGUAUCCCAAAAAAAAGAAAAUGACCAAGCUAAAGCGUCGUGAAUCUUUUCAAAAACCCCAAAAAGUUAGCGAAGAACAACUUUACAAAGAUGCCCUCGAUUUGGAGAAUCAUCAACGUCUUCCAGUGCUAUUCUGCAGUUUCUAUUUCAAUCCCAAAGCGUCGUCUUUUUGUGCUCAGCCAACAUUGUUGGACAUGAAGUUCUAUGGGCAACAGGACAUCAUGUUGGGACAAUUCCUACAACGGUAUUGUUUCAGAGUUUCUUACAUCUGUCCGCUUUGUGAUUUACCCAUGAUGGAUCAUGUCAGAAGGUAUGUCCAUUCAAUGGGCUGCGUUCAGGUCUUCCUCAACGAGGACACAAUCAAAAAUGAUCCAAAUCGCAUCUAUUUCACUUCGUGGUGUUCCAUUUGCAAUGAAGUCAGUCCAAGUGUACCAAUAUCAGAGACAACAAAAUGCUUAUCAUUUGCUAAAUAUCUUGAACUUCGUUUCUAUGGUCAUGCCUAUAAGAAACGUGCUCUAGAAGGUGAUCAUGAUUCUGAGUUGCUUCAAACCAAAUGCAAUCACUCCUUGAAUCGUGACUAUAUCCACUAUUUUACCUACAAUGGAAUUGGGGCUAAAUUCAUGUACUCUCCAAUUGAAAUUUGGGAAAUUGGUCUUCCGCCCUUGGUUCUUCAUCUGAAGAAACCCAAACCCUUUCAUUCUUUUCAAGUUAUGGAAGAUAUUAAAGGCUUCUCGCUGGCAGGUCAUGAAGUUUAUUCGAAAAUUCAUGAAAAAAUUGCCGAUUUCGCCACUGAAGAUGAAACUACUAAUUUAGCUAAUUUGAAGACUUCGCUGCAAAUUGAUCAGUUUAAUUUUAAGAAACAUGUUGAAGUUGUUCAGAUGUUGUUGAUUGAAAAAGAUGCAAACUCCUAUGACAUUAAUGAUGGCAUGAUAAUGGCCAAACGGGCUUUAGCUGAGAGUAUCGAAGUCUGGGGUCCAAGAUUACAUGAAAUGGGGUUGAAAGCAAAGUCUCUGUAUAAACAUGACUCAAAUCAGCAAAUAGAUUCGGGACAAAUUUGUACUGAGGAUCUUAGAUCUGACAUGGAAUCACCAACUGGUGAUGUUAAACCGAUUACAGAGGGUCAAGAAGAGAUUGAUGUAGUUCCUCCAUUGGAGAAAAAUAGAAAUCAAGAGCACGUGACGGACAAAAAGAGUAUUAAAAAGAUGUUGAGUAGUUUACUGCCUUCGACAGCUACAGCGAAUCUCCUUCAAUCGCCACUCUCUUCCAAUGAACAUUUGACGUUGCCUCUUGGUACAAUACCAAUACUGGUUCAUGAUCAAGAUUUGAGUUCUAUAAUUGCAUAUAGCUUGACUUCUCAAGACUACAAUAAAAUGGUGGAUAUGAUUUCACAUGGAAGUUCAUCCCUGAACACCGUACCAACAAGCAGUCCCAACCCGAAAAGAAAGAAUGAUAGUCAAUUUGAUUUCGAUGAAAAAGAAAUCCCCAAGGCAACAGAAGAAGAAAAGAAACCCAGUAAAUCGCAUUCCCACAUUGAUAUGGCAUUCCAAGAUAGCACAACACAUUUUACUUGCCGAAUGUUUUUUGCAAAAGAAUUUGAUUUAUUAAGAGCCAACACUCUGAAAGUCCCCAAAAUGGGUCGGAAUCUCUUUAAAGAGCUUGAGCAUAGUAAAAAACGUGAAGAACUCAAAUUCACACAAAAAGGUUCAAAUUCUGAAAUGGAAAUAAUUCGCAAAGCAAGUGAUCCAGCUAUUCAGACAACACCACCUGAAGAUGAAGCGGGAGGAGUAUCUCAAUUACAAUCGGAUAUAGAAGAUACACGAACAUUCCUUGCUCGUUCACUAUGCCGGAGUGUACAGUGGGAAGCAAGAGGCGGCAAGAGUGGUUCGAAAUUUAGCAAAACUCUAGAUGAUCGAUUUGUUUUGAAAGAAAUGAGCCCCAAAGAUAUUGCAAUAUUUGAAAAUUUCGCACCAAAUUAUUUUGAUUAUAUUAAUAAAUGCCAUCAGCAGAAUCAUCCAACUUUGUUGGCGAAAAUUGUUGGAGUUUAUAGGGUGACUAUUAAGAAAAAAGAUUCUUUUCAAGAGAAAUUCAUGCUUGUUAUGGAGAAUCUGUUCUAUGAGUGUGAUAUCAAGAACAAGUUUGAUCUCAAAGGUUCAGAGAGAAAUCGACUGGUGAAUCCGACGAAUCAGAAUGGAGAAAUUGUUCUGUUGGACGAGAAUUUGGUUCAAAUGUCUUGGUCGAAGCCACUCUAUGUUUUGUCUCAUAGUAAAGCUGUUCUUAAAGAUGCUAUCAAUCGCGACUCAUCAUUCUUGGCGAAGAAUCAAGUUAUGGAUUAUUCACUUUUAGUUGGGCUUAAUAACAAAAGUAGUACGUUGGUGUUGGGAAUCAUUGACUAUAUUCGCACAUAUACAUUCGAUAAGAGAGUUGAAACUUUGUUGAAAACACUUGGUAGUGGAAUGGGUAAACAACCAACAAUUAUUCCACCAGAAUGUUAUAUGAAACGUUUUACCGAUGCAAUGGAUCGAUACUUUUAUACCGUGCCCGAUCGGUGGGAGGGCUUAUCGAAGGCUUAAAUAAUGAAAAUACACAAAAUGAUAGUUAAAAGUUAAUUCACACUCUUUAUUUAACUUAAAUUAUCUUAUAUGUAUUUUUGUUUGUUACAAUAAUCUAUUGUAGAAAAUUUGAAGAAAAAAAAAUAUGUAAAAAUAUGUAUGGCUUAUUUAAAACGGGUCAAAAUGUCUAGUUAACUUAAUUUGCACCACAAUAAUUAGUAGCUUUUAUUUAUACAAUUUUGGAUAAUAUUUAAGAAAUACUGUUAUAUAAAAAUAUAAAACACAAAAAUUAAA